UGCAUCUAAAGCACUGUUUCUAUCCGGACAAAAGCUGAGCAGAAGAGUUUCCAGGCUGAAGGAUUAGCACUAAUGUGCGUAAUCAUCAGAGAAAUGAUGAAUCUUUAUUGGAUUAUUGGGCUCCUAGUACUUUGGUCAGGUGUUAUUACCGCUGGCGAUACCACAGCAGCACCUGAAGUUGGCACAAAAAUUUCAUAUGAAUUCUCUGCCUUUAUGAUUAGCAUAAAAAUAACUAAUCAGAUUUACAAUGAAUCUCUUGAGGACCACCACUCACAGAGCUAUAAAGUACUACGACGGGAGGUUGAGAAUGUGUUUUCUGAGAUCUAUAACUUUACAUCAGCAGUAGAGUAUCAAAAGAUUGCAGAGAUGACUUUCAGCAAUGGAUCUGUGAUUGCCAAUUCCACAGUGAUAUUUGGUACUAAGCAGGAAAGUGGAGAGAAGGUAAAGCAGGUGUUUGUUAACAAUUAUGAACACCACCACUCGCUUUUGACGCUGGACCUAAACAUCAACUAUACCGCAGAUCAGGAACCCAUUCCUGUCCAACUCCCUUUCUUGACAAACAUUUCUGAUUCUACCACCGCUAUGACUACAUCCCCCACCAGCACUGAACACCAUCAAGAUGGAAAUGAAAAGUCUGCAAUUUCUACAACUUCAGCCUCAACCUCCAGUGGCCAAAGCAAAUCAAUAGAUGAUAAUUCCUCAACCACACCCCCACAAACUUAUUCUACCACUCAUAGCCAUGGCUUCACCAAUUCUACUUCUCAGACUACUUCAGACAGCAGAAGUAUGGAAGUGCUUUCAAGCGCCUUCGUCUCAUCCACCACUGAUACCAGUCUUUCAACCAUCUUUCCUGCCAGUUCUUCAACCAUGACAGUACGUCCGAGCAGCAACAUAUCAACCAUGUCUGCUACCAGUUCUUCAACCACAACAGUACAUCCAAGCAGCAACAGAUCAACCAUAUCUGCUACCAGGUCUUCAACCACGACAGUACAUCCAAGCAGCAACAGAUCAACCAUGUCUACUACCAGAUCUUCAACCACAACAGUACAUCCAAGCAGCAACAGAUCAACCAUGUCUACUACCAGAUCUUCAACCACAACAGUACAUCCAAGCAGCAACAUAUCAACCAUGUCUGCUUCCAGUUCUUCAACCACGACAGUACAUCCAAGCAGCAACAUAUCAACCAUGUCUGCUUCCAGUUCAUCAGAAAGUGUGGGUAAAACUGUAACACAAAAUCCCACAGAACCUGAAGGAUCACACACAGUGGAAACAGAGCAGGGUGUGCCUGGUUGGGGCAUUGCCAUCCUCGUGCUGGCGGCUAUUAUACUAUUCUUCAUGCUUGUCCUCCUCAUACUGCUGCUGCUGUUUUGGUGCUGUUGGUGGAAACAGCGUGGCUUCAUGAAUGUGUCUGAUCCAGACCCAAUGGGCUAUUAUAACCCCGACAUUCCUAUGUACUCCACUCACAGCACGUAUGACUCACACAACGGCAAGUCACUGAAUCUUAAUUAACAGGAUUCAGCCUCAGCGAGACCUCCUAAAAACUGGACUGGAAUGUACACAAUGAACAAGUGAACGCCCAGGGCUUAAAGUCAAGUGGUACAACUUUUGAAUUAAACAGUGAAAGCCACGGAAUAAUUUACUCACCACUACUCAGCAGCA